CCAGGAUGGAGGUGAAAACGAUUAUGUUACUUUUUCAAAUCUUGGCCAUUUCAACCCUCAAGCAAGGUUCAGCUGACGUUCCUGACGAAAAUGUAGAAGAGAAUGUGGCUUUAAGUGGGAGGGCCACUCAGUCGGAUCUUCUGAAGGGGGAAUGGGCAGCUUUCAGCCAUGCAAGCAAUGCCAUUGAUGGAAACCGAGAUUCUGACUUCUUCCAUGGAUCCUGCACCCACACCUCGGGAGGGGACAACCCCUGGUGGAGGGUGGACCUGCUGCAGGUGUACACAAUCACCUCCGUCACCAUCACCAACAGAGGAGACUGCUGUGGAGAAAGGAUCAGUGGAGCUCAGAUCCUCAUCGGCAAACACCUGAAGAACAACGGAAUCAAUAAUCCACAGUGCAGUGUGAUUGGCUCUAUGGCAGGAGGAGAGACUAGAACCUUCCACUGUCCGCAGCCAAUGAUUGGACGCUACGUCACAGUGUACCUCCCAAAAACAGGAUCCCUUCACUUCUGUGAAGUGGAAGUGAAUGUUUUAUUUCCUGCCCCUUGUUAUUUUUACAGAGUGGAUUCCUCUCUCUACUGGCACACUUUGAUUGACUGCAUAUUGGGUCCAGGGAUGAUACAGCUGUACCGUACCUUCGUGUCCCGGGAACGCCACCAUCGGCAGUUGGAGUUGCUCGCUGGCCAGCGGGUCUCCUUGCUGUCGGCCUCCCUGUGGAGGGGCAGGCUGUGGGGAUCCUGGAUAAGACACUGGAUGAAGGUCAAAACGAUUAUGCUACUUUUUCAAAUCUUGGCCAUUUCAACCAUCAAGUCAGCUAACGUUCAUAACAGAUACAUACAAGAGAAUGUAGCGGUACGUGGGAAGGCCACACAGUCGGAUCUUCUGACUGGGGAAUCGGCAGCUUUCAGCCUGCCUGGCAAUGCUAUUGAUGGAAACCGAGAUUCUUACUUCUUCCAUGGAACCUGCACCCACACCUCGGGAGGGGCCAACCCCUGGUGGAGGGUGGACCUGCUGCAGGUGUACACAAUCACCUCCGUCACCAUCAUCAACAGAGGAGACUGCUGUGGAGAAAGGAUCAAUGGAGCUCGCAUCCUCAUCGGCAACUCCCUGGAGAACAACGGCAUCAAUAAUCCAGAGUGCAGCGUGAUUGGCUCUAUGGAAACAGGAGAGACUAGAACCUUUUACUGUCCAUAUACAAUGAUUGGACGCUACGUCACAGUGUACCUCCCAAAAAGAGAAUACCUUCAACUCUGUGAAGUGGAAGUGAAUGCUCUGCUUCCUGCCAAAUGAAAAUUUUUCUAAGCAGUGCUUUGAAAAUUUGUUUGCAUCUACAACUACUCAUUGCUUUAUAGCCAGAUGCAGUCUGUUUAGAAACGCGGGUAAAGAAAUCAAUUUAACUAUUUUGGGAUUUGAGAAUCAUGCUGCCAUUUUAAUAUAUUUCCAGGUUUUCGUGUACAGAAAACUUGCUGAAGUUCUACUUGUCUGCUUUCUGCAAGUUCAUUUAUUGACUGAUUUUCUUUGUAGUGCAUCAAAUAAACAUCUCAUUUAAAGCAUUGA